GACCCCAUCGCUGCCUCGGAUAGCUUCGGAGACCACAUGCUCAACUCAUACUACUGGUCUCGCUCUAUGGAUUUCGAAUGCACACGCUCGUUCCAUUUGUCAUUGUUUCUUAGCGAUUCGGUGUAGAUGUACUGACGCUGUUGCCUUUUUAGUGCUUGCCCAACCCAGUUUCACUGGACCCUAGUUCACAAAACAAUGUCCACGAAGAUCAAGAACGACCCAGAAAUCAUGUCUUUGUCCCAGUCAUCUUUGCACACUAUGGACCAGAUGUCUCAACCGAGACAACACCAAAUAAUCCCAGGAUACUCCAACAUGGCCUCCAGAGGACUCCCGGAUGAUGAUCUUUCGAGCCAGGACAAUUUCUCCUUGUGUUCAAGUACACACCAGAGCCAUGGAAGCCCCCAUGAGCUGAAGGGAUGGACUCUGAGCGACGUGGACGCACUGGACAGUGGUGCCAUCUCCAAGCCAGAGUCCCCCGAAGUCCAGAUGCUCUCUUUCUCUUUCUCCCAACAACUUCUUCCCUCCACCGUUGGCCCCAGUGAUGUAAUGUAUCAUCACGCAGGAUCCGAAUUCUCAAACAUCCAGGACAUGGGAGAGCCGAGUGACCUGGAUUUCUCACAUGCACAUGACUUCAACCACUACUCCUCCCUGGUUGACUUUUCUGCCUUUGAUAAUGAUGUUUGUGGCCCAAAUGGUACCCAGUCCUCUUGCGCCCCUGAUGAUACUCUUUCCAGCCACAGCUCUCAUGCGGAUGACGGUCACCUGGCCGCCAAUGAGGCGUGGAACUCCAUUGUUGCAGACACCAGGAACUACCAGGGAUCAGCCAUGGACCAGUAUACCACCGGCAUGUUCCAGUCAGUGCCUGUUUCUCCUCCGUUGAGUGACGCGAGUAAUGAUUCUUCCGUUAACUCUUGCUCCCACACUGGAUACCCCACCUUUAUGAGCCAUGAAGAUGCCAUGUUGAAAGAUGUCACAGCCACUCCCGUUGGAAGCCAUGGAAUCAACCUCGGAGACCCCUUGUUCCCCCUCACCCCACCUUUGAGUGAGCAGGACCCCAACAGGACUAUCCGGGCUACCAAGAAUGCACGUAGACCAGCCCUGCAGACUUCCCCCCAGUCUCAGGUGAAGCAGGACCCAGACUUCUUCCCACCGCUGCCGGUCAAGGAGACGCUCCGUCAGAAGGCCAAGGAAGGUUCCGACCUGCGGAACCCCCGUGACCACCCUUACUACUCCCUGCCCACCCACAGCGACGGCAAGUACUACUGCCCAUUCGCCAACGGAGACAAGCCUUGCAACCACCCCCCAACCACCCAGAAAUGUGCCUACCACAAAUACCUGGACUCCCACCUGAAGCCGUAUCGCUGCAAGGUCCCCGCCUGCAUGGAUGCGCAGCUGCAGUUCUCCUCCAAUGCAUGCCUUUUCCGCCACGAGCGUGAGGCUCACGGAUUCCACGGUCAUGGAGACAACCCUCAUCUUUGCCAGUUUGAGGGAUGCGACCGGUCUGUUCCUGGAUAUGGAUUCCCCCGCCGGUGGAACCUCUAUGACCACAUGAGACGUGUCCACGACUAUGCCUCUUCCGACAGGCACAGCUCCCCGGAUGCCUCCCCCACCACUGGACCCACCAAGAGAAAGGAAGCUGCUGGCCGCAAGCGCAGAGUUGCUGGCGUCACUGGUGCCCCGACCAUGAAGCGUACUCGCUCCACUCAGUCCCACACCAACCCCUUGAAGGCCGCCCAGCAGUCCUCUGCCCACCACAGCCAAAGACUCCAAAAUGCGGAGAGGAACUACUAUAACUGCCGCUCGCGCUUGCUCGAGGAGAUCAGCAACAUCAUGCCUCAGGACUCCUCUCUGCACGAGAAGGUCAACGCCAGCCUUCAGGAGCUGAUCACCCUUGGCCUGAACUUCCGCCACAUUGAAGCCAGCCAAGCUGCCGCCCAGAUGGCCCACGGCCUUCCUGCGUGAAUGGUCCACUGGAUUUCAUAUGUGAUUUUUUAAACUUUCCCCGGGAUCGCCGAGCACAGGAUGGUUUCCAUAGGAAGAUCCUCGUGAUGCUAAGCAUUGGAAUACCCGCGAAGGAUGGAAGAAGUCAUGGAGAUGAUCCGUGAAUGAUUAUCACUACUGGUUGGAUUUUCUACUUUUAUUCCACGGGGUUCCUCGAUCUUCUGGGGCCAUCAGAGGGCUUCCUGCUCUCAGCCACGAUGUGUCUUCAGAGACACAUUCGCGCGGCCCACACCUCCGACACCAACAU